AUGCAAAGUGAUGCUUUAAUGGACGAUGAUGUCUUUGUAAUGAUAUCGCGGGUGAGGCAGCUGCUGCAAGGGUACCUUCAAGCUUGGCAUCGAACAGCGCGCGGCCCUCUGACUACCACAGUGUCGCUACUGGGCUGUGCACCGUGCUAUCAAAUACUACCCCCCCCACCCGUUGAACCAGCUGCUCAUGAUCAAAAACACAUUGACAGCAACCUCUUCCGCACUGUACAAUCAUCCAGGAACUGCUUCAGUCUCCGCAUGCAAAAGUACCGGACAAAAAUAAGUAUGGCUUCCAAGAACGAGUCCAACGCCAACAACACGAGUCCAACAAAUGCCUCUGGCGACAACGCCCAUGCUGAGCUCACGGUCCAACUCGAAGACCUUCUGAACACCCUCUCGAACAAAUUUGCUGGCGUUUCUAGUGAAAUCUUUGCAAAAAUGGACGAGAUGUCGCGUCGCCUGGACAACCUUGAAGCACAGCUAGCAGCCAACAAGGACAAGAAGUCAAGCUCCGGCUGAAAUCAUGCGUGGCCAGAGCAUCGGUAAUUACGAGCAGGAGUUCAUGGAGUUUUCAGGGGUCGUGUUUUGUUUGUUAAACCU